AUGUCUCCGCAGCUGCACUACCAUUUUUGCUCGCGCGUCCUCCCAUCACUUUCAAUCGGUCUUGGCAAUGGCUAUGUUUUCAUUUUCAUGAUUCUCAAUUUCACAGCAGGAUCGGCCAAGUGUGUCUACAUCAACGGAUCAAGUUGGGAAACGGGCUUCUUGACCGCCCCACGGGCAACGCUCCCGUGGAUGUCGGAUCUAGAUGCGGCUCUAAUACUGACGAGUCAAAAGUUAGUCAUGCAUAUGGCCAUCUUUUUACUCCCACCAACAUUUACCAAGAUGCCUAUAUGGUUGUUGUGGUACUCGCUGCCUUCUGAACGCUCAAGAUCAUCUUCGUCCUUGGCCUGGGACAUGCAAUGCUGGGGCUGGCAGAUUCAAAUGCGAUCACGGGUUGAUGUGACAGUACCGGUGCUAUUUUUUCGCGGCCAGACCAUCGCGCACUUGCGCCGACCAAAGAAGCUGAAGAAUUUGCACCAGAACGAAUUCCAGGUUGUUGGUAUGGUCGGUCAGGGCCUCCUCCAAAGCCGAACUAGUCUCCCCAACCUGGACAAGAGGUAUUCGACUUCUUUCAUGCGGGAGCUCCACCCACAUUUCCGCACACCCGUCAGACUUCUCCGCCAGUAUUACGCGCGAAGUCUUGUAGAACUUGAGAUUUCAGUUCCACAAGCUUUCUCUCUGGAAUACCACCGGUCUUCUACACAUCCUAUCCCCAAACGCUUCUCAUUUCCAGAUGGACUUACCUGGGUAUAA